ACUGAUGAAUUAGAACAAGUAUAAAAUGUGCAUUUUUGACCCACGGACUGCAUAAAUAUCCAGUUAUUUACAUGAUUAAAACUAUCUUAGGUUAAUUUAUUCAUAUAUAUAUAAAAAUAUAUCAAAAUGCAUAAUAAGAGUAAAAAAGAAUUUAAAAUCAGUGGAAAAUUCAAAAAUGUCACAAAGUUCAAAUCGAAGACACCGGCGCAAGAUCGCCUUCAAAAAUUUCAAAAAGUGAUCACUUCAAAUAUUGACGACUGUAAAAAAUUACUUGAUGAAAGUACUGUUGUGAAUAAGCCAGCUAAUAUCACAAAAUCCGGUCCAAUUAAUAUUGUUCCAAAUGAAGAGACCAUUCUCAACAAUAACAAAACUUUUAGCGGAGAUAAAAUGACGAAAAUAAGUAAAUUCAAAAUUAAUGAUACCAAACGUCCAUCUCCUGUUCAAAGUGGCUUGAAAAUCAGUGACAAAUCGAAAAACGUUAAAAAAUUCAAAUCGAAGACGUCAGCUCAGAAUCGUCUAUUGAGUAUUCCAAAAUUAAUAUCAACAAAUCUAAAUGAGAUAUCGAGUACAUCGCCGGGCGCGAUUAAACACAGAAUUAAUGAAACUGAUUCGGAAAAAUUGGUUGAAAUCAGAAAGAAUAAAAUCCAUUGCUCUGUAGAUUCAGCACAGAAACGAAAUAUCGAUAAAAUUGAUAAAAAUGAUGGCCAAUUGAAAGAACCGUCGACGGGGUUCGGUAGUCUGUUUAUAGUAAGGUUCUUAACUCGAUGUUCAGAGAAUGGAAAAAAAUUGUACAGGAAAAUUUUCGACACAUUUCAGCAUGUAAAACCUUCGAAUGUUUGUGAUAAAAAAGUGGAGCCGAUAGUCGAUUAUUCAACGUUGAGUUAUCAAAAACUCGAAAGUAUGACUGUGGAAAUUCUAUCGUCGACAUCUUACAUUGUGCCGGAUACGAAUGUAUUUAUCCAUUCAUUAGCAUCAAUCAAAACGAUUAUUGACGAAGGCUCAAAUUUGAAAAAGCCAAAAAUGUUUAUUCCAUGUGUGGUGCUUCAAGAACUGGAUCAAUUGAAACGCAGAGAAAAUACUGCAUUCAAUGCGAUACGUGCAAUAGGCUACAUUUAUGAGGAACAAAAGUCGAAAAAUCCACGAUUGCUAGGUCAAAAAGCGACGAUGGACAGUGAACACCUAAUCGAAGUAAACAGUCCAGACGAUAGAAUCCUCAACUGUUGUUUACAAUUGAAAAAUCAAUCGAAAACUGUGACUUUGUUGACCAAUGAUAAGAAUCUCAGCAUCAAGGCGCAAUUUAAUGGCAUUGAUACCAUCACGGCGAAGAAAUGUUUAGAGAUUUAUUAAAUGAAAGAUCGCAAAAAGACUGACUUGAUGAUUAUCCGUGUUAAUUGUCCAAAAGUAGAUUGUCUAUAAACAAUGUUCGAAUUUGUUUUAUCCAAUUUAAGAAUUUACCAAAAUGUCAAACAAUAUUUUUUUAAUGUAUAUCGUAACGAAGUGCCAGAAACAGUUGUGCAUGACCACAAUGUUCAAAAUUAGCAUAUAAAGUACAAAUGUUUACAAUUUGCUGGAAUGCAAUAAAAAGUGAAAAUAAAAGACAAGCAAAGGAAUUGUAUCUAACCCUGAAAAUAGAA